GGAGAGACUAGAGUUGGGAAAGUGGGAAGAAAGACACACCCAUAGACCAUAGACCAAUGUAUGUAUAUAUAUGUGGAUCAUAUGUUCAUCGCUACAAACAAUUCACAGCCAUACACACACUUUCUCUUUCAAAGAACAAAACACCCUUUACAUCAAAAUCUCAUAUUUUUCAACUUCAUCAUUUGGGUAUCUCAAAUGGCCACAAGGAUCCUAACAGAAUGCGGUUUAAGACCACUUCCUAAACAAUAUCCUAAUCCAAGAACAAUAAUACCGGUUUCCAGUUUUCCCAACUCAAUCAGUUUAUUACCAUCAAAAAAAUUUGGACCAAAUUUUUCCGUACUUAAAGUUAGCACACCGGCGGGUGUCCAGAUUGCUGACCAAGAUGAACAACAAGUGGAUGAGUUGAAAGUUCAAGAAACUGAGUUCGACCCUGGUGCUGCACCACCUUUCACAUUGGCUGAUAUUCGAGCUGCGAUCCCAAAACAUUGCUGGGUUAAGGACCCGUGGCGGUCCAUGAGUUAUGUUUUGAGGGAUGUGGUGGUGGUGUUUGGGUUGGCAGCGGUGGCGGCUUAUUUUAAUAAUAUGGUGGUUUGGCCACUAUACUGGUUUGCUCAAGGAACAAUGUUUUGGGCUCUCUUUGUUCUUGGUCAUGAUUGUGGUCAUGGAAGCUUUUCUAAUAAUGCAAAACUCAAUAGUGUAGUUGGUCAUCUUCUUCAUUCUUCAAUACUUGUACCCUACCAUGGAUGGAGAAUUAGUCAUAGAACUCAUCAUCAGAACCAUGGGCAUGUUGAGAAAGAUGAAUCUUGGCAUCCAUUAUCUGAGAAGAUUUAUAAAAGUUUAGACAUGGCUACUAGGAUGUUGAGGUUUACUCUACCUUUCCCUAUGCUUGCAUACCCUUUCUAUUUGUGGGGUAGAAGUCCAGGAAAGAAAGGCACUCAUUUUCACCCAGACAGCGAUUUAUUUCUUCCGAAUGAAAGAAAAGAUGUGAUCACAUCAACUAUUUGUUGGUCAGCCAUGGCGGCCUUGCUUGUGGGCUUAUCCUUUGUUAUGGGUCCUCUUCAAGUAUUCAAACUCUAUGGCAUUCCCUAUUGGGGUUUUGUUAUGUGGCUGGAUUUAGUAACCUAUUUGCAUCAUCAUGGCCAUGAAGACAAACUCCCAUGGUACCGCGGCAAGGAAUGGAGUUACCUAAGAGGAGGGCUAACAACACUCGAUCGCGACUAUGGAUGGAUUAACAACAUUCAUCAUGAUAUAGGAACCCAUGUCAUACAUCAUCUUUUCCCUCAAAUCCCACACUAUAACUUAGUAGAGGCAACUGAAGCCGCAAAACCUGUGCUUGGUAAAUAUUACAGGGAGCCAAAGGAAUCAUGGCCACUUCCAUUCCAUUUACUCGGGCUUCUUGCGAAUAGUAUGAAAAAGGAUCAUUAUGUAAGUGAUGAAGGGGAUGUUGUUUAUUAUCAAGCGGACCCGAAGCUCACCCGAGGCUCAAAACAGUGAGCUCGUCCAGAUUCAAGAAAAAUUUGGAUGCUAAAUAGUCUAUUGAACCCACGCUUGACAAGAAGUUACAUCAAUAGUUAGUUAUCUUAAUAUUUUUGGUUAUAUUGUAACAUGGGUAGCUAAAGUUUGUAUAUUUUCAUAAAAACAAAGAAAUAAUCAUAGUUAUUAUUGUCCACAUACACCUCUAUAUCACAAUACGAUCAAGAACUGUCUUCUC